AUGGAGCUGUCCACUGCUGCUGAAGCUGAUUUCCCCGACCUUUACUCAGUCCUUCCCUACAACGUUACAUUCCCGGACGAUGUGACCGGCUUCGUCCCGGAUGGACAAAACCGCUCAGAACAAAACCCCUCGAAAGGAACAGCGGGGAUCGUAGUCGCGGUCUCCAUUACGGCUCUCUACUCCAUCAUCUGCGUGGUGGGACUUCUCGGGAACAUCCUUGUGAUGUAUGGGGUGGUCAGAUAUACCAAGAUGAAAACUGCCACAAACAUCUACAUUUUCAACCUGGCUUUGGCUGAUGCUUUGGUCACCAGCACACUUCCCUUCCAGAGUGCUAAAUAUCUAAUGAACACCUGGCCUUUUGGCGAGCCCCUGUGCAAGCUUGUCAUAGCCAUUGACUAUUACAACAUGUUCACUAGCAUCUUCACCCUGACCAUGAUGAGCGUUGAUCGUUACAUUGCUGUGUGCCACCCAGUCAGGGCGCUCGAGUUCCGGACUCCUGUCAAGGCUAAGCUUAUCAACGUGUGUGUUUGGAUUCUCUCAUCCGCCAUUGGUGUGCCCAUAAUGAUCAUGGCCAUUACCAAGGUGACAGACCAAGGAAACACAGUCUGUACUCUGAAGUUUCCUGAUCCUGACUGGUACUGGGACACAGUCACAAAAAUCUGUGUUUUCAUCUUUGCCUUUGUGGUACCAGUCCUUGUCAUCACAAUCUGCUAUGGGUUGAUGAUCCUUCGCCUGCGCAGUGUUCGGCUCCUCUCUGGUUCCAAGGAGAAGGACAGGAACAUGCGUCGCAUCACUCGCAUGGUGCUAGUGGUGGUGGCUGCUUUUAUCAUCUGCUGGACACCCAUUCACAUCUUCAUUAUUAUCAAAACCUUGGUGGAGAUUGAUCAGAGGAAUCCCUUUGUCAUCGCUAGCUGGCACCUGUGCAUUGCCCUUGGUUACAUCAACAGCAGUCUCAACCCCAUUCUAUAUGCCUUCCUAGAUGAGAAUUUCAAGAGGUGCUUCAGGGAGUUCUGCCUACCUUUCCGUACCAGGAUGGAACAGAACAGUCUUUCCAGAGCUAGGAAUGCCAUCCGCGAACCAGCUUCAGUUUGUGCCCCAUCCCAGUCAGGAAGGACGCCAGUAUGA